AUCCUACCCCAUUGGCCGCGGGGCCCGCCCGGACCUUGCGGUGCGAUUGGACGAUCGGCCUGUCAAUCUCCGGGGACUUUCCCAGGGGUGGGGCUGUCCGGCCUCCCCCCCGUCCCACUUCCUCGUCCCAGCCCCUUCCUUGGAGGAGCUGGUGGAGUGCUUCGGCCAGAGCCUGGCUUGGCCGCUACCCUGUCCGUAGACCUGGGCUGGACGGGGAGAGUGGGGCGCUGUCCCUCAAGGCCCUCAUCUCAGCCAGGUGGGCACCACGGCAGGGGCUGAGCCGCCCUCAUGGAAGGGAGAGGACCUUACCGGAUCUACGACCCUGGGGGCGGCGUGCCUCCGGGAGAGGUGUCCACAGCUUUUGAGCGCCUAGUGGAGGAGAAUUCCCGACUAAAGGAAAAAAUGCAAGGGAUAAAGAUGUUAGGCGAACUUCUGGAAGAGUCCCAGAUGGAAGCAUCCAGGCUGCGGCAGAAGGCAGAGGAGCUGGUCAAGGACGACGAGCCGCUCCCACUGCCAUCUCCCACUUUGGCCUCCUUUGACCACCUGCCCGAGCUCACAGGAAAAGAUGCGAAUAACCCAGCACCUCCUGCUGACCCUGCACACCCCAGUAACAAGCCAGAGCCUGUCCCCAAACCUCCAUCCAGUGGCACCUCGUCCGAAUUUGAAGUGGUCCCUGCCGAGGAGCAGAAUUCUCCACCACAGAGCAGCGGCCGCUCCAGAAAUGCGGUGGAUCUGGGCCCCCUGCCCCACGAGGACAGCAACCUGAUGCUGCACCUGCAGCGCCUGGAGACCACCCUGAGCGUGUGCGCGGAGGAGCCGGACCACAGCCAGCUCUUCACCCACCUGGGCCGCAUGGCCCUGGAGUUCAACCGGCUGGCCUCCAAGGUGCACAAGAAUGAGCAGCGCACCUCCAUCCUGCAGACCCUGUGCGAGCAGCUUCGGAAGGAGAAUGAGGCUCUGAAGGCCAAACUGGACAAGGGCCUGGAACAGCGGGAUCAGGCUGCCGAGAGGCUGCGGGAGGAGAACAUGGAGCUCAAGAAGUUGUUGAUGAGCAGCGGCAAGGAGGAUGCCUGCGGGCAGCUGGGCUCGCCCAAGGUGGAAGGCACGGGCGAGAAGGGGGCAGCCGGACAGCCACAGGCUAGUGUGGCAGCAGGCAAGAUCCCAGAGGUGGGAGCCUUGAGUGCCACUGAGAAGAAGGUGAAGAUGCUGGAGCAGCAGCGCACAGAGCUGCUUGAAGUGAACAAGCAGUGGGACCAGCAUUUCCGGUCCAUGAAGCAGCAGUACGAGCAGAAGAUCACUGAGCUGCGCCAGAAGCUGGCGGAUCUGCAGAAGCAGGUGACUGACCUGGAAGCUGAGCGGGAGCAGAAGCAGCGUGACUUUGACCGCAAGCUCCUCCUGGCCAAGUCCAAGAUUGAAGUGGAGGAGACUGACAAGGAGCGGCUGUCAACAGAGGCCAGGGAGCUGCGCCAGAAGGUCCGGCACCUGCAGGAUCAGCUGAGCCCUCUGACCCGGCAGCGGGAUUACCAGGAAAAGGAGAUCCAGCGGCUCAACAAGGCCCUAGAGGAAGCACUGAGCAUCCAGGCCUCCCCGUCAUCUCCACCAGCAGCCUUUGGGAGCCCCGAGGGAGCUGGGGGCCUCCUCAGAAAACAGGAGCUGGUCACGCAGAACGAACUGCUGAAACAGCAGGUGAAGAUCUUUGAGGAGGACUUCCAGAGGGAGCGCAGCGAUCGGGAGCGCAUGAAUGAGGAGAAGGAGGAGCUGAAGAAGCAGGUGGAGAAACUGCAGGCCCAGGUCACCCUGUCGAACGCCCAGCUAAAAGCAUUCAAAGAUGAAGAAAAGGCAAAAGAAGCCCUUAAACAGCAGAAGAGGAAGGCAAAGGCCUCGGCAGAGCGCUACCACGUGGAGCCCCACCCAGAGCACCUCUGCGCUGCUUACCCCUACGCCUACCCGCCCAUGCCAGCCAUGGUGCCCCACCACGGCUUCGAGGACCGGUCCCAGAUCCGAUACCUCCCGCCCCCCGUGCCCAUGGAGCACCCGCCCCCGCUCCCCAACUCGCGCCUCUUCCAUCUGAGUACACCUGGAGGCCACCCUAUGGAGGCACGCGCAGUCAGACCUCCCAAGUGACAGACUCGCCUGCAGCUAGGCCUGCAGAACCAGGACUUUGAAACCUACUAUACUACCUCAUCUUUAAGUCCUCCAAAUUUUUGUUUAUUUAGACUCCACAAAAAAUGACCACAAGGGGCCUCAGUGAGACCAGAUUGCAUCACGUGGCUCCACCUUCGUUUUGCAGAGCCAGCAGAUUAUGGAUUACCAAAAAACUAGGGGUCCCGUGCUCUGUGUGGCCAGAGUGUCGCCGACAAGAAGCUGAGAUGGGCCAGCAGCUUGCGCCCCAGCCUCCAACCUGAACUGUUGACAGAUUGGGGAGGGUCUACCUCAGAAGGCCCUCCCUCCGGUGUGACUGGAAAAAACCCGCUAUCCUGCCCCCGGGUGGAGAGAGGACCUGCCAUCCUUCGUGGAAUCCGCCAGGGGACAUCAAUCUCAAGAGCAGGAUGCAGCUGAGACCCGUUUUUUCCAGAAUGCCCCCAGAGGUGGGCCAGCCCCUCUGGGAAUCACAUUCGGUACUUGUCUGGUUGUUGCUUCAAGCUCUGUACUCACAGACCCGGACCACUCCCGUCCCUUCCCCUCGCGAGGAGCUGCGGGCAGUGUGCAUUUGCCUCUGGGAAUGGAAGAUCGGACGGGAUAUUCCGCUGCAGGGCCUUCCGCCUCUGCCACGGCAGCCUUGCUUGUGCCAGUGCGGCCUGGGAUGAAGGCCACGCCAGCCACAUCGGCCGGGUGGCCCCCGCCUGAAGCUGCCAGGCCCUCUGCCUCACCACGGGAGGUUUGUGGUGCUGGAGGCCCCGACUGGGGUGGCUGUCCUUCCCUGGGCAGUUCUUUGCACGAAUCUUGGAUAUAAAUCAAAUGGAAGAUUUGG